AUGGGGACACUGACCCAAAACGGUAAAUUAGGGCUUAGGGCACAGCGGUGUCACGCCUCCCACGCGCUAAGCGAGAGAAUCUUCAAAUUGGCCCCGAGACAUCCAGACAGCGCCAGAGAUCGCGAGAGAGACGACAAACCCAUCCAGCAACAACCGACGAGUAUCAGCAACCACUUCGUCAAGACCCUAACGGGCAAGACCAUCACCCUCGAGGUCGAGUCCAGCGACACCAUCGACAAUGUCAAGAGCAAAAUCCAGGACAAGGAGGGAAUCCCACCCGACCAGCAGCGGUUGAUCUUUGCCGGAAAGCAGCUUGAGGACGGCCGGACGCUUAGUGAUUAUAACAUUCAGAAGGAAUCUACCCUUCACCUCGUCCUCCGCCUGCGUGGUGGUAUCAUCGAGCCCUCGCUAAAGGCCCUUGCCAGCAAGUACAACUGCGACAAGAUGAUCUGCCGGAAGUGCUAUGCCCGCCUUCCACCCCGUGCCACCAACUGCAGAAAGAAGAAGUGCGGCCACACCAACCAACUCCGACCAAAGAAGAAGCUCAAGUAG